AACAGCUGUCGCCGAAUGAUGACGUCUCUAUAGGAGUUUAUGAACACCAUGGCGGCUCAUGCUAGCGAGCUUGAAAUUGCAAAGAAAAAUUUAACGGAUGCAAUUGGUGAUAAUGUUAAGCAUUACUGGGCAAACCUGAAGCUGUGGUUCAAACAAAAGAUAAGCAAGGAGGAGUUUGACAUUGAGGCACGUCGUCUGUUGGCACAGGAGAAUGUCCAUAUACACAACGAUUUCCUUCUGGCCAUUCUCACCCGAUGCCAAAUCAUCAUUUCCACACCAGAGGGCACAGGUCCAUUACAGUGGCAGAGUGGCUCUGCUUCAAAGCCUGGCAAACCUAAAGGAAAGAAGAAAUCUUCUUCCAGACAGAAGUUUGAUCAUCGUUUCCAGCCUCAGAACCCUCUGAGCACGGCCCAGCCAUUCAGUCCCCGGGAGGUGGGAGGUGAUGAGGAUGAGCUGCGUCUUAGUGCCCAUACUCUGCUGCUGCCCACACGGAGUCAGCUGGAGGCCCGCAUGAUGGUGACGGCCUUUGAAAUGGGCCUGGAUAACAUCACAGAUGAUGCUGUCAGCACCAUGACAUACGCUGUUGAGCACCACUUGAAAGAUGUCUUGACUGCUGUAAUCACCCGGAGGAAGGCGUAUCGGUUACGGGAUGGUCAUUUCCCUUAUGCCUUUGGGAGUAAUGUCAUGCCGCAGCCUUAUCUGAAAAACAGCCUUGCUGCUUACCACAAUGUUACUGAAUACCCCCCUCCGAGUGCUUCUCUUCCUGCUGGCCCACCACCUCAGGUGUCACCUGAUGAUGCUGAGCAGCAAGCUGUUCACCUUUUGGCUUGUUCUGCUGACAGUCUCCCAGCACCCCUCCCACCAAUCAAUAUGUUUGAUCUCCUAGAGGCUUUGCAGGUUCACCAUGGGGUGAUGCCCUCCCACACUAUGUACUCCCUCAACAUGGAGCGCAUCCUGUCACGGCUCUGGCACCCCAGCCAUGAAGAACUAGAACAGGACCACAUACACUGGCAGCGUCUUGCUGCAAAAGACGGUGUGCUCGUCAGUUGAGAACCAGCGAUGCCACAGGACUCUAUAUGCGCUGUGGAUAUCAUCAGGACCCAAACACAAACAGUGUCCAAAAAGAAAUGGAUGGUGAAUAGUGUGUCCUAAAAACCUUGAAAGCUUAUGAGACCUGGAAACUCGCAUCAUUGCACAGAAAGACAGAGAAUGAGUUGUUUUAUGAUGAGAAUAUCAUAUAAUGGCAAAAUAUUGAAAGUGUUUAAUUGUAAGAUAUUUCAGCAGCUGUGCAUGCCCAUACAUAGUGUUGGUGUUAGGGUGUGUGUGGGUAUGAAAGUCUUAACAGUGUGCAACUUGGCCACUGAAAGCAGUUCAUCUUGUUCACGUUAACAGACAUGCACCACAACUGUUGAUAAGAACACGCAGUACGUAAACAGAAAGGCCCACAUCUAAUCACUGUGUAUAUGACCAGGUUACUCCCAAGUGUCAUCGGAAGGAUUAAAAAUAUUUAAACAGUUUUACCAGUGUUGUGUCAGAUGUUGUUUCCCCUGUCAAGAUCCGUUUCCCAUAACCUGUACUCAACCACAUCCUAAAGACAACUAUUGAGGAGGGCACUACUGGACACUGUUUUAAGAGAGAACAGAUUUCAAUACAAGACCUGUCUUGUGUCAAAAUGUUCCCUCUAUUUAAAACUCAGGUUCACAUAGCACUCAGUGGUUAUGUGUUAGGGGAAACACAUCUUGAUGGGUAAACUGAUUUUGAUGCAACACCGGUCCUGUAUGUUACACACUAGUGUUUGUGUUUAAUGGCUGAUUAGAUUUUGUCAGGUUAAAGUUGGGGGCACCACUGUGAUGAGACAUAGCCUGUGUUGGGUCAUCAAGUGCAGUGGACCAAUAAGAAAGAUGGAACAGAUCCCACCUUGACAGGUGCAACAGAGAUGUGAGUAAGAUGUUGCCCUUCCUGAGAAGAAGGUCAGUCAAGUUAUAAGUGAAAGUACCUGUGCGUGUGUGUCUUUAAAAGUCUACCAGGCACAACUGCCUGCUCUCCUGUCCUCCAGUAGGUGGUCCAUGGUAUAUAUGAACAGAUCAAGUUGCAUUGUCACAGUGCACUAGAAUAUCUGUUUGCCAUGUUUGUGUGAAGCAUCUGGUUCAGGUCAAAAUGUGCAUAGAUUCUAUCUUUUAUACGCAAAGCUUAUGUAACUUAUAUUAAACUGUAGUUCUGGAAAUAAAAUAUUUUGUACAAAAUA